AUAAUGACGAUAUGGCUACACUUAAAAAUAACGACAAUGUAGGAAACAAAGAUGUAAUUAAAAAGUCGCAAACAAAAGUGUUAGGGUCACAAAAAGAUAAAGUUGAUAAAAAUAAAAGUAAAAAAAAUUACAAUUUUAUAAAAAAUGGAUACGGUGUAUUAAUAUCUAUAAAAAAGAAUAUUGAUGGUGAAGACAUUAUAACAAAUAAAUUUAUUGGAAAUUGGGUUAAUGAUAAAAGAAAUGGAUUAGGUUUUAAUAUAGAUAUAUAUAAAAAUAUAUAUUAUGGAUAUUAUGAAAAUAAUUUAAAAAAUGGUUGGGGGUAUUAUAAAUGGUCUCGAAGUGGAUCUACAUAUGAAGGGAAUUGGAUAAACAAUAUGAUGAAUGGGAAAGGUGUGUAUAUUAAUAAAAAAUGUAUAUAUGAAGGAGAUUUUUAUAAUAAUUUAUUUAUUAAUUCUAAAUGUGAAUGGAUAGAUAUAUUAGAAAUAGAAAUGAAAAAUACGAAUAAAUAUAAUUUUAUAACAAAUGUGAGUAAUGAUAAAGUAUCUAAUGAUAUAUAUUUAAUUAUACUUCCUUUUAAUUUUGUCAAAAUUAAUUUUAAAAAAAUGGCUUCUUAUAUUAAAUAUAAUUAUAAUAGAAUACCUUUUUUAAUAUGCACCAAAAAAUUUAUAGAACAAAAUAAGGGAUUCGAUAUUACAAAAUUUAUUUUUUUAAGUUACUAUUUAAAUUCCUCAGAAAAUUUAAAUGAAGUAAACAUAGAUUCCCUAAUUCUUGAUUCCAAUGGAAAUGAAAAAGGAAAAAAUAUAUUAAAAAAUUAUAAUGAUUCUAUUAUUUCAGAAGAUAAAGAUAGUAAUUCAUCCUUAGAUGUACAAACAAAUGUUAACAAAAUGUAUUCUGAUGAUAAAUCAAAAAGGAAUUAUUCGAAUGAAUCUAAAGAUUUCAGAGUAAGUAGUCAUUCGAGUGAUUCAAAAGAAAAAAAUAAUUCAACUAGUUCAACUAAUUCUAAUAAUAAAUUUAGUGACACAAAUGAUUCUAUUUAUAAUAGUGAUUGCAAUGAUAAUUAUGAUUUAGAACCUUCAAAUUAUUCAGAGAUAUCUUUACCAUCUAUGACAUCUAAAGAAUCACAUACUAGUAUUUUUUCACAACCUGAUGAUAUAAAAAGAUAUAAUUCAUAUGAAAGUCAGAUAAAUAAUAUACCUGAUUAUGUAGAUACAUCCUGUAUAUCAUCUAGUAAUAAUACGCAAACACGUCCUUCUAUAAUUGAUUCGAAAGAAGAAGGAAAUAAUCAUAUAGAGGAAUACAAGGAUCAUUCAUAUAUCCAUACAGAAGAAAAGGAAAAGAAAAAAAAAAACGAAAUAAAUAACUUAAUUAAUAAGUAUUUGAAUAUAUAUAUAGAUACAGAUACGGAUACACAUGCAGAUAAAGAUAAAGAUAAACAUAGAGAUAGUAGUUCUAGUGAAUAUUCUUUAAUAUCAAGUGAUAUGGAAAUUUUAAAAAAUAUAAAUGAUCUCUCAAAAAUGAAUAUAAAGAAUGAUAAGGAAUUAGUUAAAAAAAAUAACGCAUUUCAAAAGAUAAACACAAUACCUGAAUCAAAUGUAUUAUAUGAUGAUAUACAUAUAAUUACAAAAAAGAUAUCCAGGGAUAUAUCAAAAAUAAGGAUAAAUAUAAAUCAUUUAAACACAUUAAGAAAUUCUAAUAUAUCAUGUAUAUACAGAAUAAGGAAGAAGAUAAAGAAUUCGUUAAAAAUGAAAUACCCAUUUAUUAUUAAUUUCAAUAUAAAGAAAAAUAAGUAUCAAAAUGUUAAUGAACAUGAAAUAUGUUUAAAUACAUGUACAAUACCAGAAUGGUGGAAUUUGGAGCUUUAUUUUGGAGACUCUGAAAACAAAAUAUGCCAUGAUCUUUUUGAUCCUUUAUAUUUUGAAUACAAUAAGGGAUACAAAAAAAUUAUGAAUAUAGGUAAUAUAGAAAAAUAUGAUAAAGAAAAAGAAGACAUUGUUUCUGAUAUAUUUAACUUGAAAAUGUUUUUAUCGACAGACUUGUUGAUAGACAAUACGAAUGACAUUCCUCAAGUGAAAAAUAUAAUAAAGGAUAAGUUUGACAAAAUUUCCUAUAUCAAUAACUUAUUUUUUAUAAUUAUAGAUCUAUAG